GCGGCAGUGCCAGCGGGCCGGCUCAUUAGACAGGAUGCUCGGCCGCGCUGACAGUCGGUAGCUUCAGUUCGAUUUUUCCUGAAAGGGCGAUGCUGCCUUUCGCUCCUCAGGAAGAGAGGUGGAACCAAGAAAUGGAGGUGUGCGGCGGCGUCACCAGCGUUAGCGAGGUAAAUGUUCUUAAAAUGGUUGAUGAACCAAUGGAUGAGGGUGAAGCAGAUUCCUGCCUUGAUGAAGUUAUGUUUAAAGAGAUUCCUAUUACUCAUCAUGUUAAGGAAGGUUAUGAAAAAGCAGAUCCUGCACAGUUUGAGUUACUCAAGGUUCUUGGUCAAGGAUCAUUUGGCAAGGUUUUUCUUGUUAGAAAGAAGACUGGGCCUGAUGCUGGGCAACUUUAUGCAAUGAAGGUGUUAAAGAAAGCUUCUUUAAAAGUUCGAGACAGAGUUCGGACCAAGAUGGAGAGGGAUAUACUAGUGGAAGUAAACCAUCCAUUUAUUGUCAAAUUGCAUUAUGCUUUUCAGACUGAAGGGAAGCUGUAUUUAAUACUGGAUUUUCUCAGGGGAGGGGAUGUCUUCACAAGAUUAUCCAAAGAGGUUCUAUUUACAGAAGAAGAUGUGAAAUUCUACCUUGCGGAACUUGCCCUUGCAUUGGAUCAUCUACAUCGACUAGGGAUUGUAUAUAGAGACCUGAAGCCAGAAAACAUUUUGCUUGAUGAACUAGGACAUAUCAAGUUAACAGAUUUCGGACUCAGCAAGGAGUCAGUAGAUCAAGAAAAGAAGGCGUAUUCAUUUUGUGGUACAGUAGAGUAUAUGGCUCCUGAAGUAGUAAAUAGGAGAGGUCAUUCUCAGAGUGCUGAUUGGUGGUCAUAUGGUGUACUAAUGUUUGAAAUGCUUACUGGUACUCUGCCUUUUCAAGGCAAAGACAGAAAUGAGACCAUGAAUAUGAUAUUAAAAGCAAAACUUGGAAUGCCUCAAUUUCUCAGUGGUGAAGCACAAAGCCUUCUGAGGAUGUUAUUCAAAAGGAAUCCAGCAAAUAGAUUGGGUUCAGAAGGUGUUGAGGAAAUCAAAAGACAUCUAUUUUUUGCAAAUAUUGACUGGAAUAAAUUAUAUAAAAGAGAAGUUCAACCUCCAUUCAAGCCUGCUUCAGGAAAGCCAGAUGACACUUUUUGCUUUGACCCUGAGUUUACAGCAAAAACACCUAAAGAUUCCCCUGGUUUGCCAGCCAGUGCAAAUGCCCAUCAGCUCUUCAAAGGAUUCAGCUUUGUUGCAACUUCUAUAGCAGAUGAAUAUAAAAUCACUCCAAUCACAAGUACAAAUGUAUUACCAAUAGUUCAGGUCAAUGGAAAUGCUGGACAAUUUGGUGAAAUAUAUGAAUUGAAAGAGGAUAUUGGUGUUGGCUCUUAUUCUGUUUGCAAGCGAUGUAUCCAUUCGUCUACCAACAUGGAAUUUGCAGUAAAGAUCAUUGACAAAAGUAAACGAGAUCCCUCAGAAGAAAUUGAAAUUUUGAUGCGCUAUGGACAACACCCCAACAUUAUCACUUUAAAGGAUGUCUUUGAUGAUGGUAGAUAUGUGUACCUUGUUACAGACUUGAUGAAAGGAGGAGAGCUACUGGACCGUAUUCUCAAACAAAAAUGUUUCUCAGAACAGGAGGCUAGUGAUGUACUGUUUGUAAUAACUCAGACAGUUGACUAUCUUCAUUGCCAAGGUGUUGUUCAUCGGGAUCUUAAGCCUAGUAAUAUCUUAUACAUGGAUGAAUCAUCAAAUGCAGAAUCAAUUAAAAUAUGUGACUUUGGCUUUGCAAAACAACUUCGAGGAGAAAGUGGACUUCUCUUAACCCCAUGCUACACUGCAAACUUUGUGGCACCUGAGGUUCUUACCCAACAGGGAUAUGAUGCUGCUUGUGAUAUCUGGAGCUUAGGAGUCCUUUUUUAUACAAUGCUGGCUGGCUAUACUCCAUUUGCUAAUGGACCCAAUGAUACUCCUGAAGAGAUACUGCUGCGUAUAGGAAAUGGAAAGUUCUCUUUGAGUGGUGGAAACUGGGACAAUAUUUCAGAUGGGGCGAAGGAUUUGCUGUCUCACAUGCUUCAUGUGGACCCACAUCAACGGUACACUACUCAACAAAUAUUAAAACACUCAUGGAUGGCCCACAGAGACCGGCUGCCCAAUGAUCAGCCAAAAAAUAAUGAUACAUCACAUGUGGUUAAGGGAACUGUGGUUGCCACAUAUUCUGCCCUGAUGCAUAAGACUUUUCAACCAAUCCUAGAGCCUGUUGCUGCUUCAAGUCUAGCUCAGAGACGGAGCAUGAAAAAGCGAACAUCAACUGGCUUGUAAGAUUUGCAUUGUUCCUCAGCUAACCUGGAUGAAGAGAAAAUUAAACAUGGCUUUUUCUAAUUUCAUAUCGAAGGCAUUAUAUUCUGUUAUAUUACUUGAAUAUUCUAUUUAAUUCCCCUUUUUAGGGCAAGUAAGAUUUAAAAAACAUGCACAGGUCCAUAAUAUUCAUAAUAUGUUGUUUUACAGUAGUGUCCAAGUAUUUAUUUAAGCAUAUAAUUGGUCUCUGCAUACUAGCUUCUAAAAUUCCUUUCAAAUGAAGUUACUUU